AUGCGCUUCUCGAUGACACAUAUAGCGAAUUCGACCCUGGCUGGUGGUGUAGCAAUUGGUACGACCGCGAACGUUGUGCUAAUGCCUCUUCAUGCAUUGCUCGUUGGCGCUGGAGCCGCAGUGAUCUCCGUCCUCGGAUAUGCUUAUGUCACGCCGUUCCUUGCACGCAAGAUGCGUAUUCACGACACGUGUGGUGUAAACAAUCUCCAUGGAAUGCCAGGUAUGUCCCUCAGCAAUCAGCAUUUACUAUUUCGGUCACAAUGA